UCCACUAAGUUAUAUAUGACUUUGCAUUCUUAAGUUGUAAGUAUAUGCUACACUAAAGAUUUUCUUUAUUGGAGAUAUUUUAUUAGAUAAUUAUAAAGACUUCUUUCUUGGCAGCAUUUUUCGAUUUUAAAGGUGACCGGCAUUAAGGUGACACACCAUAAGAGAUAAAAGGUACCAUGAAUUGGGCUUUUCUUCAGGGUCUCUUAAGCGGGGUUAACAAGUACUCCACUGUGUUUGGGCGUGUGUGGCUGUCCAUAGUCUUCCUCUUCAGGGUCAUGGUCUUCGUUGUUGCUGCAGAGAAAGUGUGGGGUGAUGAUCAGAAGGAUUUUACAUGUAACACCGCUCAGCCUGGAUGCCAUAACGUUUGUUAUGAUCACUUCUUUCCAGUGUCCCACAUACGUCUCUGGGCGCUGCAGCUCAUCUUCGUCACCUGUCCGUCUUUUCUUGUGGUGCUCCAUGUGGCGUACCGCGAGGAACGAGAGCGAAAGCACCGUCUGAAGUUUGGUGAUGGCUGUCAGCGGCUGUAUGAAAACACUGGAAAGAAGCGUGGUGGUCUCUGGUGGACGUAUGUCCUUUCACUGGUAUUUAAGAUGGGUGUGGAUGCAACCUUUGUGUACUUGCUGUACUAUAUCUACGAGGGCUAUGACUUCCCAUCCUUGAUAAAAUGCUCUGAGCCUCCUUGCCCCAACGUGGUUGACUGCUUUAUUUCUCGGCCCACAGAGAAGAGGAUCUUCACCAUCUUUAUGGUGAUGACAAGUCUGGUGUGCAUUCUGCUCUCCCUUUGUGAAAUUCUCUACCUGGUGGUCAAACGUUGCUUUGAAUGUGUCCAGAGGUUGCAGGGGUCACGACAGGUACACAAGGCAAAGUCUAUCUCCAACAUGAGGAGCUCAACUGCUCUCUUGGAAUCAAACAGCAAAAAACUGGCCAGCAAAGACCAGCCAGCGCCCGCAUACAGUGUGGUCAUCUCAGAUCAUAAUUGAGACUCUAAAUGUUCUUCAUGUUCACCAGAAUGUCAGCUGAAAUUGUACUGACUCAGCAGGCAGUUGGCAUUGGAGGAACUUGCUUAUAGGCUUGCUUUAUAUCCACUGGAUGUUUUUCAUGUUUUUGCAGGAAAGUUGUGGCAUCAUAAGCAAAAACUAUGGGCAUCAACUUUGUAGUAUUCAGAAUAUUGUAAUGUUUUAAAGUAUGAGUAAAGCAAGGUAAUUUAUGAUUUAGGUAAAGCAUCUAUUAGUCCGAGUUCCAGCAACUUAACCAACAAGCAGUUUGGUUCUUAAUUCAACUGUGAAAACAAAACAACCAACAUGUGCCCAAUAAUAAUAAGUUAAUAACAUAAAUCACAACUGACACUAACUAGCAAAACAUGACUAAAAGUGUUGCUAUAGCACACUUCCCUGCACCUUAUUUAAUUAUACAUUAUAAGAGAGACAAUAUCUUGAAUAAGCAUUGACAUUAAAAAUGUAUUCUCUUUGCUGGAUGUGAGAGGAGUGAGAGUUAUUGUAUUGUAUAUCAGAUGGUGCCUAAUCAAAUUAUUAUGUCUUGUGGCAGGAAAAUGCAGUAUUUUAGGGUGCAAGAGUUUAUUGAGAAAGAUUUAUAGUUCUGCCAGAUGAUCAAUUUCAGGUGUACAUGUGUUGAGUGUUUUCCUGUAUACCUCAGUGGUAGAGCAUUGCGCAAAAGGUCAUGGGUUCAAACCCAGUUCACACAAAUACUGAUAAAAAUGUAUAGCUUGUAAUGCACUGUAAGUUGCUUUGGAUAAAAGCGUUUGCCAAAUUCAUAAAUAUAAAUGAGUGAGAGAAAGGUCAGUUUUCAAGUUCACUGAUAAAGAUGCAUUUUUUUUGUAAGUAAAAAAGUCAACCUUUCAAUAUACUAACAAUUACAUCCUUUUUACUGUGUUUGGAGUUGUUUACAUUUUGAGAUUUAUUAAAGUCUGUUUUUUAUUUUCUUAUAA